CUGUACAGAGAAGUGUGUUGUGGCUUUGUGUGUGCGCGCGUGCGUGUGUGUUGGUAUUUCCCUGACGUCCCUAGCCCUUUAAACACAGCUCCCGGAUCAGUCUCCUCCUCACACAACCGCUGAUUAUAUUUUCCCUUUCUCACCGUUACAACUCCGUGUUUCUGUCUACAAGAAUCAUGUCUGCUCCCGUUGGAGAAGGUCCCGGCACUUCAGGCGUUGCAGGAAGCAACCGGAGGCUGCAGCAGACCCAGGCUCAGGUGGACGAGGUGGUGGACAUCAUGCGGGUGAACGUGGACAAAGUCCUGGAGCGAGAUCAGAAGCUGUCCGAGCUGGACGACCGGGCGGACGCUCUUCAGGCCGGAGCCUCGCAGUUCGAGACCAAUGCCGCCAAACUGAAGAGGAAGUAUUGGUGGAAAAACUGCAAGAUGUGGGCGAUUUUGAUAGCAGUGCUCAUAAUCAUCAUUGUCAUCAUCAUCAUUUGGAGUAAUACCUAAAACAGCAGGAAAGCUGUGGAAUGGCAUGACGGUUGUGAUGGGAGACGGGAGUAGGAUAAAUCUAUAGACGGAAGUAUCAGCCGAUACUAUGAAGACUGAGAGAGAGCACGUUCUUCCUGACGUAAAGCUGUUCUAGCCUGCUGAGUGUCAAAUUUUGUAAAAAGAAAAAAAAUCCUUAAAUCUUGUUUGCUUUUUUUUUUUUAAUUAAUGUUUGGUUUUAAAGGUUGUGGUUUGAAUGUGCAAAGACUUACUCAUCUGAUGUUUUUCUAUUUCUUCUUCUCACGUUAAAAUUUCACAUACACUCCGUACUGUCACCGUUUUUAUGUCUCACGUUGGCCUUAAGCAGAAGCAACAAGAGGAGGAGUUAAUGGAGCUCCUUCGUGUGCCUCACCGAGCUGAGAUCCAGUGGAUCCAGAACGUUAUGAACAAGCCUGAAAUGAGUCCACUGAUUAUACUUACAGGGUUAUUACAGGGUCUAGAAACUAUUUGAAAAUAAUAAACUGCACCUUCUUAACUUUUUUUUUCCUUUGCAACAAGGUCACAUGAUCGAUCCGUGUACAUCUCUCUGUAGCUGUUCAUAGUGUCGAUAUUGAACUAUUCUGACCAAAACAUUUUGCUUACCGAUCAACAGCGAGCUCCAUGCCUCUAAAACAUGAUCAAAAAUGGUUAAACUUUUUUAUUUGAUUUUUUUUUCUUCACUAAAAGGUAUUCGGUGCCUUAACGUUUUAGUGCCAGCACAAUUCCGAAGCAUCCGACGCAUGACUUGAAGGCCUUCAAACAAACACACCUGAUUGCCAUUAAUCAACACUGCCAUAUCAUUAAAAUAUAAAUUAUUACAGUUUAUAUAUACUUGCACAGUUUUUUUUUUUUUCUUCCAGACUGUUUUGAGCUACUGCUAUUUUAUGAUCUCACUUAAAAUGAUGAAGCAUUUGAAUAAAAUUCUUGCUACACUUUCCUUUCUUUCUAACAUCAGUCACCAAGCAGCAGCAGCAGGUUUCUCUGGACGUUCACGUCUGUUUGAUGGCAGCAAAAUAAGCUUGUUCAUGAUGGUGCUUAUUACAGUACUCUGUAAACGACUUAGACCAUCUGAGGUGUGUGUGUGAGAAGCCAUUUAUCUGACAGUAUUUUUUUUAAAAAACAAAAUUUUUGCAUUUUCCAAAAAAAAAGUUUUGAUCUUGAUGAGAGAGCUGAAAGAACUCGGGGUGUGUUCACUAAAACCUCUUCCCAAGGCAAAUCCACCAGUGUACCAGGGGUAAUUAGAGAUACUGGAGUGCUUAAUGGUCAAUUCGCUGAAGCAUGGAUCUUUUGGGGGGGAAAACAUAUCGAGCCCAGUUUUAAGCUCAGUACCAUCCUCAAGACACGAUUUGGACAUACUCGGUCUGUUACAUCACACAGCUCAAAGUGUGUGGGAACGACUGGAUAUGCAAAAGCACUCUUUGUGAAGCUCGAGGGGAUGAAAAUGUAUAACUACUUCAUGUGUGGGUUCUAAUAUAAGGGCUACGGAAAUAACUUCUUUUUUUUUUU